CUGCUGGUGUCAGAAGAAUGAAACGUUCAAUUGAACAAUAUAGGUUGUCAUGACAAUCUGGUGGUAACAUUUUAAGAUUACAUUUUUGAACCAGAUUCAUUUACUAAGUGAAUUUAACAUUCCUGGCUGGUGUGAUGGAGUUUGAUUUAAUUUCCUGGGGACCACCAACCUGUGUUUCUGGAUUUCCAGUUCUGAAACAUGGAAAAAUUGGUUGUGGGCUUUGGACAUUAUUCAUCUGGGUUCCAGAAAAUUUCUGCAAUGUCCCACUGGUAGUGUCUUAGGCUCAACUAACUUCAAUUGCUUUUUUUGAAAUCAGAGAUCUUCUGUCUAUCAUAAACGGGGAUGUUCAUCGAUGAUUGCACAAUGUUCAAUGCCAUCUACAACUCCUCAUGUAUUGAAGGAGUCAAUAUUCAAAUUCAGCAAAGCCUAAACAACAUUCAGACUUAGGCUGAUAAGGGACAAGUAACAUUCAUGCCAUACAAGUGCCAGCUAGCUCCAACAGGAGAUGAUCUAACUAUCUUCUCUUGACAAUCAAUGAUAUUAUCAUCAUUGAAUCCUCCUCUAUUAACAUCCUGUUGAUAACUAUUAACCAGAAACUGAUCCUGAUUAGCUAUAAAAAUACUGUAGCUACAAGAGCAGGUCAGGGACUGUGAAUUAUGAAGUGAGUAACUCAUUUCCUGGCUCCUCAAAGCACCUACAAUACACAAGUGAGCGUGUGAAGGAAUACACCCCAAUUACCUGAAUGAAUGUAGCUUUAACAGCAUUCAAAAAACUUGAAACCAUCCAAGACAAUAUAGUCCACAUGAUUGACACCUCAUCCCCCAUGCUCCAAUUUAAACAUUUGCUCCCUCCAUCACCAAUGGACAUUGGCAACUGGCUGGAUUAUAUACUAUAUGCAUUCAAGCAACUUUCCAAGGUUCUAUCACCAACACCUUCCAAACUGGUGACCUCUACAACCAAGAAGGACAAGGGAAGAUGGUGUGUGGGAACACCACCAGCAAGUUUUUCUCUGAGCUGCAUUCCAUCCUGUCUGUAAGUUGUGUUUCCAUUCCUUCACUGCUGCUGAAUAAAAAUCUUGGAGCUCCCUUUCCAACAGAGCCAGUGGGAGUCUCUAUAUUGGAUGGAUGCGGAGUUAAGACAAUGGUUCACUGCAAUAUUCUCAAGGGUAAUGAGUGAUGGACAAUAAGUGAUAUCCAUAUCCCAUGAAAGAACAAGGACAAUCCCUGUGCUACUAUUCUCUUACGCUUGUGAUUCCCUUUGUAGUCAAGAUCAGAUAUUUAGCUUGACUGUUUAAGAGAGCUGCUGAGCAGAAUCAGGAUGCUUCUCUACGAAGGAAGGGAAUUCAGCAGGCAAAAGAAGUUUACUGAGACGCUGCUCCACAAGGUUAGGUCUGCACACACAAGCUCUGCUGAGCAGAAAGACUGGUAUACUGUAUUGUGCGAUAGUUACCAUGAAUACCCUGGUGACUGGCUUGCUACUCUCAGUUCUGACUCUGAGACUUCAGGAACUCGUGGAUGCAUGUACCUGCCUUCCAGUUCACCCACAAACAGCAUUUUGUAAUUCUGAUAUAGUGAUACGAGUAUCGGUCACUAGUAAAAGUUUGGUUUCUUCUAACAACAUGGAACCUUAUACGAUCCAAUAUGCAGUAAAGCAAGAAAAGAUUUAUGAAGGAUUUGAAAAGAAGAAAAUGGUGGAAUAUGUCUACACAGCUUCUAGCUCUGCUGCAUGUGGUGUAGAGCUCAAACUCAGUAUUCAGUACCUCAUAACAGGCCAACUUGAUACUCAGGGAAAAGUUCAUAUUGGGAUUUGUAAUUGGAUUGUCCCAUGGGAUGAUUUAACUUCAUUGCAAAAACGGAACCUGAAGUGGAACAAAUACAAAACAGGCUGCUCCUGUCAAAUUGUCAGCUGCCACAGCCUACCAUGCUCUUCUCCAGCAAAGAACCAGUGCAUUUGGACUGACCUGGCAACUGAGAAGACCCCAGCUGGAUCUCAGGCAAAGUACAAUGUCUGCAUGAAGAGAGAUGAUGGUUUCUGUCACUGGUGCGGAGAAGGAUCAGCCAGUGCGAAUGAGAAUAUCUAUUACAGCGAACCCUGAAUCUCCCUUCACCCCACAAAAGUUGUGUUUCUCCAUCGGCUGCAGGUGGUGCAGCAGUAUCAAAGAUCCCUAGGUUCUUCUGUUUAUACAAACAUUUUAUUGGCUUACUGCAUUCUUAUUUGCUAUGUGAAGCAUAGCACUUUCUUCGUUCGCUCUUACCCUAAUGAAUGAAAAAAGUUAUGGCCCCUCACUAGAUUCUGCUGCAAUGAUAGGUUUUGUCACAUGAGGCAAACUGAAACAUAACCACCACCACACUUCUUGUAAAAAGUAUAUCAGCUCUGUAUUUGACUGGUGAAGUUUUACAUCAAAACUGUUCUCAGUGGAACUAGAAAGAAAAAAAAUGUCUUGGUAAUUAGGAAUGAUGCUGGAUUAAUUAUCUUUUUCAAGACUUUUGAAAAUCAAGGUUAAAAAUCUAAUGUGCAACAAUUUAAUUUUUGCACUGAUGGUGAUGAGAUUACAAUCAAAAUUUGUUUUUUUUAAGGCUGUGCUACAUACAAGAAUAUAUUAAAAUGUGGUUGACAGCACAAAGGACACAUCAGCUGCCAUUAUGUGUGAUACAUCAGGACAAAUGAACAUGAUGAGUGGUAACAAUCAAAAAAGGCUGUUUCUUCCUUUGUCCCGUGAAAUAUUCAAUUUUUUAAAAAAAAUCCUUUUGAGGGACAGAGUCCUAUUAAAAGGAAAUUGUUUGUUUUCAGAAGUUUAGUACCAAAUAAAAUGAAUUAUCAGAUGAUCUUAUUAGCAUUCUUUGCCCCAUUGCCUGUGGUAAAAUAUAAUCUGCGCUGGCGCUACAAAGGAUAAAGUGGGGCUACAGCCAAAUGUCAUAUACUUGAGCACAAUGUAUGCAUGCUAGAUCUUAAGUUAUCUCAGAUAUAUGUUGUGUAAAAAAAAAAAUUCAGUGUUUUAUCAUUCACCUACUGUAGCAAGACCAGUAACUGAUGUUCACGAAUUAUUUGGCCCACAAAAUACUGGUUCUAACCGCUUUUUAAAAAGAUAGUUAUUAGAAACUAUGUACACUUGAAAAAUUCUGGGAAUGAAUACAAGGAUAGAACAUCAUAACUAGUGGGGACCCCAAGAAUCAGCCUUCAAGCUUGUAUACUUGUAAAUACCAUAAAUUUCUCAUUGAAAAUUUUUGAUUGCUUUAACUUACUAGGUACAAAAGGGAACUGGGAAAAAAUUUUUUUAAUCAGAAUAUUCAAUCUAAUUAUUUAACUAAUUUCAAAGUUUCUUCAAAUUCAGUUAAAAAAGCACAAAACUGAAAUUGACAAUAUAUUCAAAUUUAAGUCCAAUUCCUUUGCAGUUCCUCCUUCAUUUUCAGUCAAACCACAUAAGUUUGAAAUGUACUCAUUUAUAAACUGCUUUAAAAUAAAGAUACAAAAUAUUCUCAUUAGAUGUUUGUUGUGCUUUG